UGUUGCUUAUGCCUAACCAAUAUUACAGUUGAUGAAGUUGUAUAUGGUUCCAAAAACUACGCUUGUUAAAUAACUUGUGAUUUUUCAUCGAAAAUGUUUGAAGUUCUUCUUCGGUGGUUAAAUCAAGACCUUGGACUAUCUAAAUUAAUCGAACCCAGCACAUUUGUCCAAGAUUUUACAGAUGGAUAUCUAAUGGGAGAAAUUCUGUAUUGCUACAACUUACAAGAUGACUUCAGAAACUUCUCGCAUGGCAGUGCCAUUGAAAACUUCCAACGACUACAGCCAACAUUACAGAACCUGGGCAUUCCUCUUACUUCUAGUGAUGUUAGUGAGAUGAUGGCAGCAAUGCCUUGUACUAUUAGUAAGAUAUUAUUUCAGAUGUACAUUGCUCUCCACUCUUCUCAGAGCCGCAUCAUCACAGAUAUCAAGGAACACCACUUGUUAGAAAGCCUUUGUAAGAUGGAAUGGCCUCUUCUUUCCAAAAUCCAAGGAAUGCAGCUGUUGACAAAUCCAGAAAGCUUCCAGGCAGACAAUAUGAACAUUUCCAAAUAUUUGCCAAGUCACAGUGGAGCAGACACAGUGCAUAUAGAGCAAAUCCUACCAAACAGCAAAGAUAAUUCAUCAGUACCUGAAACUAUAAGUAUGACACAAAAUGUGGAUGUGGGUAAGGAUCAGUUAGAUGCUAUGGUUAUGGCUUGGCAUAAGAAGAAUCUUGAAACCAUGGUAAAGAAAAAACAGAAAGCUGAGGCAUCACUUCAAACCAAAAAACUUCCUACAGAAGAAAAAGCAAAUGAAGCUUUAAGGAACAUCUUUUUUACUGGAGAACUUAUGAAACAAACUCGGGUGAAAUUUUCUCAAGCUGCAGUUCAGAGGGAAGCUGAGGAAACUAAAGAAGAUAUUGUCAAGUUUGAAGAAAAACAGAAAAACAUUAUGUCAAAUAACUACAAUCAAGAAACAUUGACUGAUAGAUGCACAGAAAAUUCUACACUAGAGAGAUCAUCAGUUAAUAUGAUUAUCAGCAAUAUUAGAAAACGUGUGAAAAAUGACUUAUAUCGCACUCAAGCAAGAGAAAAGUAUCGUAAGGAAUAUUUGGCAAGAUUAAAAGAAAGCAAGAUUAAAAGUCAAGAAACAAAACUUGAGGAGUGGCUUGUUGGGUGUUUAAGGAAACGGUCUCAGUUUGAACACAGAGUUUCUUCACAACUAAUAGAUUUAAAACAGAAAAAAGAAAUUCUUCGUUACAAUAGACUUCUUGUACAAAAACAUUUUGAGAAGCAAAGACAGCAAGAGUUUGAAGAAAGUUUAGAACAAGAAAAGAUUAGAGCUGAAUUGCUGAAGAAAGCACAGAAAGACAAAUUUCUUCAAGAGCAAGAAUUUAACCAGAAGUUGCUAAAAUAUAAGGAACAACAAAGAUACCAGAAGAACUACUCAAUUUGUCAAGAGGUUUUACUAGAGAUUGUAGAAUUCUCCUUAAAAAUUUCUGAAUACAAUAUCAUAACUAACAAGCAAAUUCCAGAACCAUUGAUUCACUCAUGGAAGAUAAGGUUUCUGAAAGGAUUUAGUCUUUCUGAGGAAGUAACCUCUGAAGAAUAUAUAUCUCCUGAAAACUCUGAAAUUGCUGAGCAGUGUCAAAAGGCCCUUGAUGAAAUUUCCAUAAAAGAGUAUUUAGAAUGGAGAAAUGAAUGGGAAACCAAUGGUUAUGUAGCUAAUGCACUUGGAAGGAAAAUCAUUGGAUUUAUAGUUCAUAAAAUUCUGAGAAUGGCUGAACCUCCUAAGGAACCUCCUCUUCCUCAUACUUUUCCCAAUUUUGCCUUGCGUGCCUGUCUGAUAGGAAAGCCUCUCUCAGGGAAAACUUCCAUUCUUCAGAAGUUUGAAUUGGCUCAUAACUUUGUUAUACUGAAUGUUGAAAAACUUGUAGCAGAAGCUGCAUUGGUAGCUUGUGAGACAGCAGAUGAACAGAUCUCAGAUAAAGAUUCCUAUUCACAAGAGCAAGAAAACGCACCUUCAAGUUACAUAGCCAAACUGCCAUGUGAAGCCAAUGAAAACAUUGUCAAAACUUUAAAAUAUGGUAAUUCUAUUGAUGACGAGAGUAUAAUCAACAUUUUAGUAUCCAGUAUCAGGCAGCUACCUGAAGGCACCAAAUGGGUGAUUGAUGGGUUUCCAUAUUCCAUUAGACAAGCACAUCUUCUUUUUAAAGAACUCACUGGACAAUGCUGGACUUUAAUGGAUUACAAGUCUCACAAUGAGCCUCUUAGUGUCUUGGUGCCUGAUCCUUUACCACCCAACGUAUUGAUACCAACAACCUGUGGACUGGAUGUUGUUAUUUAUUUACAUGUAGAGGAUGAAACACUUCUUAAUAGGAUUGCUGAGAAGAAGACCUCAUUUUGUUUUAGUACAGUGGAAAAUUUCCAGAAUGAUAGACAUAAAGACCACACAGAUAAUUUAAACAGCAAGGAAUAUAGUUCCUCCUUCAUGUCUGUUCUUAAAGACACUGGCCAAUGGCAUCAUCAGCUGUUGUCGUUUUCCCAGGACCAACAUGCUCUGGAAGAAUGGUUCUCUAAUUUUGGAAUUUUUCAUGUUAUCAAUGGAGAGCAAGACCCAGAUUGUGUACUAGAUGAAAUAGAAAGACUUUUGCUAUCACAUGUUUCUGAGGUAGAAAAUUUGGUAACAUCAAAUGAUAAUUUGUGCAAAGAAUUAAAAGUUUCCUUGAAAGAAGAAAUUGCACAGCAAGAACGAAAAGAAGAUCAUCCAGAUUCUGCAGGAAAUAAUGAAAUUUAUGAAUCAGAACAAGAAGGAGGGAGUCAAGGAAUUAAUUUGCACGAAAAGAAAACAACACUAGUUGAAAGAAGUGACAAUUUAAAUAGCCAAAAUUAUCCUGAAAAACCCAAUGAUGUGAAGGAAACACUCAGUAAUUUUCAGAUUGAUGGUUUCAUAAACAUGCCACUUACUGAAAAAGUGCUUAUGCUUUUAUUCAAAUCGUGGAAGAUCUUAGAGGAAAUAUAUUUAAAGUCGCUGACAGUGGUAUUUCGUGGCCUACGAAAUGAACAUGAAAAAAUGGUUAAAUACAUAUUCAGGAUUCAAAAAACUUUUGAGGAACUCUGUAAGCAACCAGACAGAAGACAAGAGUUGCUAGAUGAAUGGGUGACAAGCUAUAACACCUUUCCAGAUGACUUUCGGUCUGACACACAAACUAAAGCAGAGUUACAUUUGCAAGUGGAGGAUUUACGUGAAGCCUUAUGGGAGGUCUGUGAUAAACGGAAAGAACAUCUAGAAUCAGGAUUUUUAGCAUUAGUAACUGAGAAAUGGCUGGAAAUCCACUCAGCAAUUCUUACAAACUACUUUAUCUUUCUAAUUCAGACUGAACUGGAUCGUCACCAGAACAUGGAUAAUAUUCUUUGUGACUAUUAUUACACCAUCAUGGGAAAAGUGCUCUCUGACAGUGGAACACUGUGGCCAAGACUCUAUCUUGCCAAUGUUGUAACAUCUGAAAACAUAGGAAAUACAUCAGAUUUGACAAUCCUUGACAAGAAAAAUAAAAGUUUAUAUCCUCAUUUAAUGCUCGCACCACAGCAAGGUAAAGAAAAACGAAAGUAUGGCAGUGAACCUAUCCAACAGUGCAAUUUGAAAGAAACCCAAUUAAACACUACUGAAAAGCUUUUAGAAGAAGCAUUUAAACAAGCUCUUGAUUGUCUUGAAAGGAAGACUGAAGAUCAUCUUAUCAGAAUGAAGGUGGAAUUAACAGAAGUACAAACAGAAUUAGGAACUAUAUCAUCAACUGGUGAAAAAAUACUAGUAGCACCUUCUAGUGAUGAAAUAUGUUUAGAACUUAGGAAAGAACUUGAAAAAGUGCCAGGUUCUGUCACUUUUGGGGACUUGGGCUUCUCUGGAAACCCUUAUUCCUUUGAGUUGGGCACAUAUGCAUUCUCUUCAGUGGAUUCUCCAUGA